AUGACGGACAUCCCGGCCGCCAACGGACACGAGAUCUACAUUGGGUCGAUCCCCUACUCGGUGUGUGAGGACACGUUGAUCCCCAUGAUGGAGAAAUGUGGCACUAUCUACGACCUCCGAAUGAUGGUGGAUGCCGCCACUGGACGGAACAAGGGAUUCUGUUUUGUGACCUUCGUGGAGGACGACGCCGUGGACAUUGCAGUCAAGAAAUACAACGGAGUGGAAUUGAAGGCGGGAAUGAAGAUACGAGUGAAUCCUUCCAUCCCUAACCUCAAAUUGUCGUUGUCCAAUCUGCCUAUGAAUAAGGAGGCGAGUGAGUUGAUGGAGGAGUUCAAUAAGUUGUUGGAUGGAGUGCUGAAUGUGGAGUUGACGGGGCCUGGUUGUUGUACAAUCCACUUUGAUCGACACAAGAAUGCUUCCUCCAGCAAAAGAAAGUUGUUUACUGGGCGAGUGAGGCCGUUCGACCAGUUGGUGGGGGUUGACUGGUUUGUGGUGAAUGAGGAGAACGGGGAGGAGGAUGUCAAGGUGUUGUUUGUGAGGAAUAUUGACGCGGACAUGUCUGAUGCUGAAUAUUCGGAUAUUUUCAGCAGAUUUGGCAGUGUUAUGCGGAUAAAUCGUUUUACUAAUCAUUUAUUCGUUCAUUAUGUUGACCGAAAGGCAGCAGAGAAGGCACUCGGCAAAAUGGAUAAGAAGGUGGUGUUUGUCGACAUGUCCUAG